AUGAACACUACGAAGACGUUGGUUCGUCCCACCGACCCAUCUUUGGGGGACCCCGAUGAUUUGUCUCCUCUCGAUCAGUACAUGAUUCGGAUCAUCAUUCCAAUCAUGUGUGCAUUCAAAAUCGAACGAGAUGACCAGCGUUCGACCAUUGUGGAAAACCUAAAGGCCGGGUUGGCGCUCACUAUCAAUGAAAUGCCUUUCAUUGCUUCGGUAAUAGUCCCCGACGAUGAAGAGCGUGGGACGUACAAACUGCACUUUGACGAGGAAGCUACGGGUGUCUGGUUUCACGAGCAGGAUUGCCUUGAAUAUUCUUUCGAUGAAAUGGAGAAGCGAAGAUUCUCCUUUUCUUGUUUCCCUAUCACCACCUUCGUGCCGGAACCAAGAGGACACUCUGAAAAAUGUCCGGUUGUCACGGUUCUGGCUACCUUCAUCAAGGGUGGCCUUGUGGUCACGUAUAACGGACAUCACGGGAUUAUGGAUGCUCAAUCUCUGGGCACAUUUGCCUCCGUCUGGUCCCGGAACGUUCUGGCCGUGUCUGAAGGCUAUACCAUACCUAUGAGCGAACAAUACAAAGCUGAAGACCUUGACCGCACCGGUUUCCACAUGGCCUUCAGCCCGCGUCCCUUGUCCGAAUUCCACACCUAUCGACCUGGCAAAGAGACCAACCUCACUGUGGAACGCAACGAGAUUCUGCGUCUCAGCUCGGGUGGAGACCACCUAAAACUCCAUGAGCUAGUACCAAUCUCGCACUGGUUCAUGACGCAGGAGACGGUCGACCUCUUGAACCAAAGCGUCCGAGAUGCUUUCCCUAAUGAACCAGGUGUGACUGAAGCUGCCUUGUUCAGCGCCCUGAUCUGGAAGUCUACUGCCCAGGCUCGCGAUCUCGCCCACCGUGGCAUUGAAGAGUGUGCGCUCUUCACGUCAACGAAUGUCCGCCGGAUGGUUGAUCCUGAGCUCUCUAUGAUGUAUCCGGGUAAUGCCAUCGCCUUAGCCCGAGCCGAUGCGAAAACCGAAGAACUCUACUCUAACGACGAGCUCAAAGCACUUUACAGGCUGGCAAGAAAGACAUCAGACUCCAUAGAGGAGUGGACCGCUGAUGAACUCUAUGAUUUGAUGGGAGUGGUUCAAGAAUCUGACGACGUGGUAAACUUGAUGCUGCCAAAUCUCGAUCAUAGCUUCUACAUCAGUCAACCUGCCCGAUUCGGCAAUCUCUUGGGCAAGUCGCAGUGGGGAAGUGAGAUGGGUGCCAUCAAAGCGUUUCGCUUUGCAUUCCCACCGCCAGUGAACGGGUUCGCAUGCCCAUUACCGGCCUUGGGUGGUGGCAUGGACUUGAUGAUAUGGAUCAACGAAGAGGUACAGGCAAAGCUGAAGACGUUGGAAUCGUGGACCAAGUGGGUAGAACCUGUCAUCUAG